GGUUAGGGACGCAGAGAGCGAGAGCGCUUGCGGGAGGGACGCGCUGGGCCCGGGCUCCAACCGGGGCUCCAACCUGGGCUGCCGCGGUGGCUGCUGGAAGCAAGCAGGUAGUGCUUUCCAAGAGCUAGAGGGCAAAAUCUCCGUCCAGUUUGCACCACCCGCAGCUUGCAGCCCGGGACGUCCGGAGCGCGGGGACCGUCCCAGCUCCAGCCUGGAGAAACCGACUAGGGUAGCCUGGUGCCCAAGACACCGCCAUCCGAGAAAAAGCAACUGUCUGGAGAGCAGGCAUCCCAGACCUGUCAGAAACCAGCCGUCCAAGAAGCUGCGGAUCUCAGGUGCCCGGGAUCAUUAGAACUGCACCCCAGGGUAAUAUAAGACCACAGGUUCUGAGCCCUCCAGAAGUGUCCCUGGCCCAACCCGCCUCGGGGACCCUCACUUUGACAGACGGUUUGGGGCACAGCACUGCAGGAAUAGGAACCCACCAGGGCAAGGUGGUGGGCCACAGCCGUCGGGAGAUCCGGACCCAGGCCGGAGCUUGCGGAGAGCCCCAGGCCUCCGCCGCCAUUGCGCCCAAAAGUGAGGAAGAUCUGCUGGCCCUGGCCGCGUCACGGCUGAGCCGCCGCAAGAGGGUGGCGGGUGCGGCCGUCGGGGUGGCCAUGGUGCUGCUGCUGCUGGUGGCCAUCCCGCUACUGGUGCACAGCUCCGGGGGACCGACACACUACGAGAUGCUGGGUCGCUGCCGCAUGGUGUGUGAUCCCCACGGGCCGCGGGGACCAGGCCCCGACGGCUCGACGGCCUCCGUGCCUCCCUUCCCUCCUGGUGCCAAGGGAGAGGUGGGACGGCGCGGGAAGGCAGGCCUGCGGGGGCCCCAAGGACCUCCAGGUCCCAGAGGACCCCCGGGAGAGCCAGGCAGGCCAGGUCCCCCAGGUCCUCCGGGCCCUGGACCUGGAGGAGUAGCGGCCCCUGCUGGCUACGUACCUCGAAUUGCCUUCUAUGCGGGUCUUCGGCGGCCUCAUGAGGGUUAUGAAGUACUGCGCUUUGACGAUGUGGUGACCAACGUGGGCAAUGCUUACGAGGCAGCUAGCGGCAAGUUCACCUGUCCCAUGCCAGGCGUCUACUUCUUCGCUUACCAUGUGCUCAUGCGCGGCGGAGACGGCACCAGCAUGUGGGCCGAUUUGAUGAAGAACGGACAGGUCCGGGCCAGCGCCAUUGCUCAGGACGCAGAUCAGAACUAUGACUACGCCAGCAACAGCGUCAUUCUGCACCUAGAUGUGGGCGACGAGGUCUUCAUCAAGCUGGAUGGUGGGAAGGUGCACGGCGGUAACACCAACAAGUACAGCACCUUCUCUGGUUUCAUCAUCUACCCCGACUGAGCCCGCCACCUUCCAGCGCACGUGCUCCCGCUCGCCCCUAGCUCCCUCCUCUCCUCUCCAGCUUGCCCCACCCAAGGCCCCAUCCUUGGAGAGCUUGGCUGCAGGGGGUAAUCUCCUGCUCCCGGAAGCUACCUAAGUGGGCGGAUUCUUGGGGCUCAAGGGUUUAAGUGGCUGGGGAGCCUAGAGGCAAGGCCGGCAGCAAGAAGCGCUGCUUAGGGAGGGACCACCUGGAUCCACUUGUGCUCCAAUGAAAGCCAGCCGGGAGAGGUGAGCGGGUAGCCCUCUUCUGCCUAGAGCUGGGGAGCAGUUUCGUUAAUCUGGAUCAGAGACCCACAAGAAGAAAGGAAAAUCCUGGCAGCUUGGGAGGGAAAGGACAGAAGGAGCUUGUCUAGGCCAGAGGAGACCCCAGCAUGGGUUAGGUAGGAUCUCAGCCAUGACUGUCCCUUCCACUCCAUCUCCAUUUUUCAGGCUCCAGCCUUGACAGCCUUCCUGUGACCUGAAGGAACCAAUGACUUCUUUCCUAGCAUUUAAAACUCAUUUUGUACAGUCUCCAUUCCACCCCUCUCCAGGCUAGGUCCUGAAGCUACAGCUACCAAUAAAGUGAGGUUGGGGGA